GUAUUCAGCCUUCGUCCACUCAAACAUGCCUUCAACGCCAAUCACUGAAAACUCAACUAGCACAUCUCGAUCCAGAACCCGUUCGUUGCAUCUGCGUUCAAGGUUACUGCGUUCCCGUCGCGUGCUUCCGUCCUCUAGUUCUUCCGAGACAGUGACUUGAGAAGUCGCCUCGCCAUCAGACUCGCCUCGUCUAGUCUUUAUUUUUCCAACCGCAAGUUCAGAACUCUUUUUUUCCCAAUGGCAACUGCUCUAGCGGCCUGUCCCUCAGUUCCAAGAGCCUUUGGCGGAUCUUCUACAGCCCUUCGGCCACAAAAAGCAGCCAAGAAGAGCCUUUCGUCUCUCCGCGUAUCGUUCCCCGCAGCUGAUGUUGCCGUUCGCGCUCGUUCCGCUUCCGUUUCAUCUCGCGGUGUACGAUGCCAGGCACCUGCCGUACUUGAGAAGGACGCGCAGCAGCAACUGCAGCAGCUGGCCGUACCGACGUCGUUCGACUACAACGAGAAGAUGAAACGCCAGAUGGCGAACCCGUACGAGUACCACCACGAGCUCGGUAUCUACUACACACGCGUACACAAGAACAUCAUCGUCGGUUCGCAGCCGCAAACCCCCGCUGAUAUCGACCGGUUGCGGCAGGACGAAGGCGUUAACGUCAUCCUUAAUCUCCAGCAGGACCACGAUAUUAGCUACUGGGGAGUGGAUAUAGGAGGUAUUGUGAAGCGGUGUAAGGAAGUGGGGGUCGAGCACCACAGGCGGCCGGCAGUCGAUUUUGACCCCAACUCGCUUCGGCGGGAGCUUCCCCGAAUGGUUGCGGUUAUUGCGAAAGCUGUAGCGGAAGGGAAAACUGUAUACGUGCACUGUACUGCGGGUUUGGGGCGUUCGCCUGCUGCUGUUAUCGCGUAUCUUUUCUGGUUCUCCGAACCGAAGAUGGACCUGAACGCGGCGUACGAGCACGUUACAUCUCUCCGGCCGUGCGGGCCAAAGAAGGAUGCACUUCGUGCGGCGACGUACGAUUUGGCCAAGAACAGUCCGUACCAGCCGCAGUUCGAGCAUCUGCCCGAUUUUGCCUUCACUGACGUGGCCCAGUGGGAGCGCGAUCUCAUCCGUCAACGGGUAUGGGGUUUGGUUUAAACAGCCCGAUGAAUUUUCGGAGGCAACGUUUUUUCAUUCGCUACAGUCACGACACCAGCGAUUCGUUUCAGUGGCUCGGCGGUGGACAUUGGAUUCUAUUCUUUGCCUCUUGGCUCGCCGCGCGUCGGCAGUCAAAAGUAGCUAGCUACUAUCAUCGUAACUCAAUGAGCAUUUUAGGUCAUCUACUGGUAGUUCACACCACGCGGUCGGCUAUGUAUAUUUUAGGAAUUUAGGGUGAGUGUUAUCGCCCUCUUUUGUAUAUAAGUUGUACGUCCCAUUGUUUAUUAACAAUGAAUUAAUACAAAAAAG